AUUUACUUCGUCAUGGCGUCUAAGUUCCCAACAAAGAAGAGUGGAGAGGUCGAUUUUCGUAAAAGGAAAGGUCACGACAUGACAUGGUCGUGUGACAAGCAUGGUGAGCCAAUCAAAUUUUACUGUAAGAAACACAAAAUUCCUAUUUGUCAUCCAUGCGCUACCAAAGAUCACAGCCAGAAACCAUGUGACCUAGACGACAUCGAAGAUGUCAUCUUCGAAAGGAGGAGACAGCUGGAUGAAAAACGGCCAAAAAUACAGGAACUCCAGGAACAAAUGAAAGCCCUCAUCACGAAAAUAAAGACUACAUCAACGUCAGGAAGUACUCAUCUUCAGACAAUUAACAAUAACAUUCAAGCAUCAUAUCACGACAAGAUCAAAUCUGUUGGAGAAAAGGAGAACAGGAUGAUUAGGGUUAUUAACGAGGAGGCAGAUGAGGAAAUAAGACUCGUUAAUGAGAAGAGAGGAAAACGGAUCAAAUACUGCAACACUGAGAGAGAAAAUGAGCGACAAAUCAUCAAAGACAAAGAAGCUAAAAUUCUAUCAGAAGCUAACACAAUCAGCGAAAGCGUUUCCAAGAAGAUCAAAGAUCUUAAUAAUAAGAAUCAGCAUUUAAUAAACACUAUUACGAAUAUUGAAUCAACCAUCAAACGUAUAAGCAAACAUGAUGAAACAUUGGUGAAUGAAGCUCCUCACCUACUUGCAUCUAUUGAUGAAAAUUUAAGUUCGAAUGUUCAUCAAGAUGUUAGCGAUUGUCUUGACCGAAUACAGAGUGAAGUUGAGAGAGUGAAGUUUGUAGAGGGGGAAGUAGGUGGAGAAUACUAUGGUAGAAUUGAUGGAUAUAUCGGUAAAUGGGAACUUGUCAAGUCAAUCCACAUUCCAUCGGUUGUUAACGAGUCGCGUGUGUGUGGUUUAGUCAGUGAUGAUGAGAUAUGUGUGCGAGGUGUAGGUAACAGAGACAUGUAUGUUACAAACAUCAACACUCAACACACAGAGAAAGUCAUUGAUGGAGGUGUGUGGAUUACAUCAUGUGCGCCCAUAGACAGUAACGUAAUAGUAUGUGGUAAGGAGAGAGAUGAUUGCACGGAUGACAGGUUAGAUGGAUGCAUCACUCUCUAUGACAGACAAUGGAAGGUGUUUAGAGACAUCAGCAUACCAAGGAAUGGAUGCAGAUUUUUUUGUAUUGUAUAUGUUGAUGUUGACAGGGAUGGGAUGAUCAUCGCUGCUCAGGAAGAUCAGUCUAAUAUCUACGUCAUCAAUCAUGCUAAUGGUGAGAUAGUAGACACUAUUACGAUGCCGGGUAAGAAGGUGUGGGGUGAGAUACAAGCCUUGUCAUCAGGUGAUAUCGUUGUGAAGACAGGUAAUCAAUACACUGUCAUCUCACGAUCAGGAGAAGAGAAGGCUGUCAUACAAUGUGAUGAGUGGGACUGGCCACAGUGUCGCGUUGACAAACUGACAGACACACUCUACAUCGCGUACUGGGAUAGAGCGCGUAAGGUAAGGAGGAUCGUGAAAUACGUGAAAUCAGAACGUUCUCCCUUCAACAUGUUCAUCAGCCCUUGUCUUGUUACUCCUUCUGGUAACCUUGUAGGGUUUGAUGGACGCAAGCUUCAUCUUUACAAGAAGAUAUUCAUAUUGUAAAUCAUCAACUAUUUCAAUGAAUGAUGACUUGUGUAAAAGAAUUAUAGACGAUUUUUUUUUAUUUUCAUUUUCAUUCACGUCCCCAACAUGACUACAUUCAUAAUGCGCGUGGUGACGGUGUGAAUGUUGUAUCAAUAUACAGGUGCAAUGUA